CGACGAAGAAGCUGAGCAGCCGGGAUCGCUCCUCGCGGGCUCACGCGUUGCUCACGCAUCUCCAUUGGCACCAGGCAUCGGCUCCGACGGCGGCCGGAGGUGUGGAAGUCUCUGCUCGGCGCCAGCCCUCACCGCGGCGACGUACCAACGGCCAGCCGCCGCCAGAGGGCAUACACGGCGCGCCUCUCCUGGCCACUGUCGAGUCGGCGCGUGGGCAAGAUGUCUCGCUGCAGCUCGUCCACCACGGUGGAGAUAGUGGAGGGCGGUUCGUGCCCGGCGCGCUCCCCGUCGCCGAGCGUGUGCAUCGUGAGCGGUGCCGAGCCACGCCCUCCCUCGCCCAGCCUGUGCAUCGUGAGCGAGACGCGUAGGGCGCCCUCGCCCAGCAUGCUCAUCGUGCGAGAGGAGCCUCGGGCGCCCAGCUUCUGCGUCGUGAGCGGCAGGCGCUCCGCGUCUCCCACCACCGUCUACGUGGUGAGCGAGGGCGAGCAGCAGCCGCGGAGGUUCGUCCGGUCGCCCAACGUGUGCAUCGUCACGACGUCCCCGCGGCCACGGUCGCCCGACGUGUGCAUCGUGACGGAGGAGAGGCCGCCCUCGCCCAGCGUGUGCAUCGUCACCGAGACACGCAGGUCGCCGUCCCCCACACGGGUGGAGGUCAUCGAGACACCCAAGCGGUCGUCGUCGACCAUCAUCAUCCAGGACUAGACGCCGCAGCCUGCACCCCGCCGGUACUCCAUCGCCGGCGGGUCGUCUCCGGAUCGCGACUCGUCGCAGAGCGCACUUUCCGGCGAGCGAAACCUACGGGUGGUCGCGCAGUUCCAGACUUCAUGCUACUGCAUCCUGUCCAGAUGUGGAAAGUGGGCGCCUACCUUGCUGGUACAGUGCGCCUUGGCGCGCGCAUCUGGACGGGGCGCACGAAGGAACAGAGGCGGCGGUGUACAAAAUUACGGCGCACACGAAGAAACCGAGACGGCGGCUGACAAGGUUACAACACACACGAAGGAACCGAUGCGCAGGCUUACAAAAUUUUCGUAUCCACUGUGAAUAAAGGUGUGGCGUAUUGAA